GGACAAUUUGGGAUUUAAAAGUUACCAUCCCUGAAAGGAUAACAAGGCCUUGAAAACUGUAAACAAGUCGCUGCGCAUUGCUGUAAUGAAGGCUGCUGCUGCUGCUGUUGAGUCUUGGCAGCAGGACGUGAUGAGUAAAGAAUAAAUCAACAUGCCAAUGAAGUAUUGCCUAAGAAGUUAGCAAAAUGCAUCGCUGUGGUCUUGGUAGAGUCAGAUCUGCAAGGAGCAGAGUUUGUCAGCUUUCUGACACAUGCAGGGAAUUUCAUUCCUGUUGCCUUUCAAGAGUUACAUCAUCAAGAGUACUACAAUCAAAUUCACACGUGGUCUUCAGUAAAAGAUGUGCCUCGUUUCUUCCAGCACAGGCACAGGUUGUGGUGUGUGGUGCUGGUGUAGUGGGAAACAGCAUAGCUUACCAUCUCACACGAGAAGGAUGGACAGAUGUUGUUGUACUCGACCAAACUAAAGCAGGAUCUGGAACCUCCCACAAUGGGUCUGGUGUCCUGGGACUGUUCAAACCAUCUUCAGAAAGGGAGAUUGUGACCUACUCAGUUAACCUUAUUAAAGCUCUUCAGGAAGAUGGCCAUAACUUAGGUCUCAAGCAAUGUGGCAGUUUGAAUCUGGCACGGACAAGAGACAGAGCUAUUGCUAUGAAGCGAAGAAUAGCAUACACAAAGCCGUCCGGACUUGAGUGUGAAUGGCUAGAUCGCCACGAAAUCAAACGUCGGCACCCACACUUAUACACAGGAGACCUUGAGGGUGGGGUGUGGGUACCUGGUGAUGCAGUAGCUGAGCCGUACACAGUGUGUGCCACACUAGCUUCUCUUGCUCAGAGCCAAGGAGCUGUCUAUGUUGAAGAUUGCAGUGUUGAGCGAAUAGUAACAGAUGAAGUGCCUCAUUCACAAGUUGUUCCCAAAGUGACCCAUGUUGUCACAUCUCUUGGCACCAUUCAUUGUGAAUAUUUUGUCAACUCAUCAGGAAUGUGGGCACGUUCACUGGGGAAGAGGAGUUCUCCAAAGGUCCGUGUUCCAGUUUUUCCUGCAGAACACUUUUAUCUUCACACAAAGCCCAUGAGAGAAGCAGCAGACGAUCAUCCUGUUGUUCGGGACUAUGAUUCUCACAUGUUCUGCGUCACUAGAAACAGUCAGUUCAUGGUGGGAGGUUUUGAGCCUCAUGCCAAGCCAGCAUUUACUGAUGGAAUACCUCGCGAGUGGAAGAAUUGCUUGUCAGGCGACGAGGAGCAUUUUAAACCCAUUCGUGUUGCAGCAGAGCAUCGUCUGCCUGUCUUAAAAGGAACUCAAUAUGAACCCCUUGUUAACUCUCCUGACACUUUUACACCAGAUGGGAAGUGGAUCCUAGGGGAGGCACCUGAGAUUGAUAACUACUUUGUGGCUGUUGGCAUGAAUGGGAACAGCCUACAGGGUUGUGGAGGUGUGGGACAGGCAAUAGCAGAAUGGAUCAUGUAUGGGUCCUUGGCCAAAGAAAUGCUGGCCUUUGACAUCAGGCGCUUUAUUGACCUUCACAACAACAGGCGUUACCUCAAGGAGAGAACAAGGGAGGUGGUUGGCAGACACUAUGAGAUUCUUUAUCCAAGUCAGUGUGAGUACAGGCUGGCCAGAAAACUGAGGUGCUCUCCAAUUUAUAUUGAACAAGAAACACGAGGUGCAGUCUUUGGAACACGGAUGGGCUUUGAGCGACCACUGUAUUUUGACAUAACACAUAAUCGAAGUGACCCGCCAGCACAGAUGCCUGAGGGGUCAUUCCAUAAGCCAGUAUUUUUGGACUGUAUCAAGGAGGAGUACCAGGCAUGCAGGGAAGGUGUUGGAGUCAUCGACCUCUCUUCUUUUACAAAGAUUGAAGUUACAUCUGUUGGAUUAGAUAAGUAUAAGCAGUUUGAUGCAGAAGAAACAAAGUCUGCAGCAAACCAGGUUGUUGAGUUUAUGCAAAAAUUGUGCAGUAAUGAUGUCAACAUGCCUCUGGGUGGAGUGGUGCACAGCGGCAUGCAGAAUGAGCGAGGUGGAUAUGAAAAUGACUGUCUCCUCAUUCGACGCUCAGAUAACAGCUACCUGAUGCUUGCCCCCACAACUCAGCAGACUCGAAUUAUGGAUUACAUGAGAAGACAAAUAACUCCUGAAGCUUGUGUCUCAGUGGCAGAUGUUACCUCCAAGUAUUCUGUGCUGAGUGUUGUGGGUCCAAAGUCACGAGAGAUGUUGUCCUUUAUCUGCAACACUGACUUAAUAUUUUAUGAAAACAUGGCUAAGGAGAUUAAUAUUGCAUAUGCUUCUGGAGUGUUGGUGCUGUCAUUCACCCACACAGGGGAGCCAGGCUACACUUUAAUCAUUCCGGCAGAAUACACCCUUCAUAUAUACAGACAGCUGAUGAAGCUUGGGCAUGACUAUGGUAUUCGCAAUGUAGGGAUGAUGACAAUGCGAAGUCUGCGUGUUGAGAAGUUCAUUCCCUUUUGGGCAGAAGAACUAGACUCUACUACAACCCCUUAUGAAGUUGGCAGAGGCUACAAAGUUAAGCUUAAUAAAGAAUACUUCAUAGGAAAAUUUGCAUUGAUGAGGCAGUCUACUCAAGGCUUGAAACGAAGGUUGGUUCAUUUUGUACUAGAAGACAGUUUUGACGCUGAUGUAGACAUUUGGCCUUGGGGAGGUGAACCUAUUUAUCGCAACAACCACUAUGUUGGCAAUACAACAUCAUCUGCAUUUGGCUUUACAUUGAACAAGAUGGUGUGCCUUGGGUUCGUCAGGCAUCAUGAAAGGGAAAAUGUCACGCCUGAAUAUAUUCUACAAAAUUCUCAUUUUGAAAUUGACAUUGCAGGAAAAAGAGUUGCAGCUCGAGCUUCUCUGCAACCUCCCAAAAUGCCAAAAGUUAAAAUGGAUGGCAUUUCAUCAUACAGACCCAAGGCACGAGGUAUUUUGACACAUAAGUAAUUGGGGACAAAAUUUAUGCUGAAUAUCAUAGUGAAAGUUUUAGGUAAAUAGAAGUAAAAGGAUUAUUGAAGGAUUAGCAAGAGAGAAAUUAUGAUAAUGAUUAUGAAAAAGCCAACAGGAGAGUGAAUGAAUUGUAGAAAUGUGAGAUUUGGAAUAGUGAAUGAAUCUGGAGUAUAUUAUGUUCUUGAAGUCCAUUAAUGAUUGUUGACAAGGGUGAAUGGACCAUGAAGGAAAAGCCUUGGGAUUUUUGUAGAAGUGAGGUUUGAGACAGCUGUGAUAUCACUGCAGUUUUUAAAUAUUUACAUUGAUACAUGAUGAGAAUUGUCUGUAUCUCUGACACCUUACUUGCUCUAGGAGCAUUCCCCAAGAGGGUGGCCAUGACAGGAGAGCCUCAUUUCUGCCUUUCCAAACAUUCCUUUCCUGCUUGCUCAAGCACUUGGCCUCAACUAACACUUCUAUCACACAUCUUCUUUACUCUAUCCUUUCAUCUUCCAAUUGACCUUCCUUUCCUUUUAGUAUCAUCAGCUGUUCUCAUACAAAAAACAAUUGUGCUCUUCCUAUUUGAACACAUGCAUUGCAGGCAUGGACAUACAAUACAGCUCAGCAAUUGUAAAUGCAUUGACUGGAAAUGAGAUGGGAUAGAGAUAACCAUGUGGAUGGGUGAGGAUUUUAGCACGAUUGAAAUGGUGAAGGAAACUGAUAAUGGAGUGAUUGCAUGGAGCAUCAGGAUGGUUUGGAUGUGUUGUAAGAAUGAAUGAGAUUUGAAGUGUUCAUUUGUACAGAUGAAGACUGUAAUGCUGGAGGUAGGCUGCCCUUGAAAUAGAUAAACAGUAUAUGAAUGUUGGAAGGAGAGAGAUGAUGACUUCACUGCUGUGGCCACUCCUAUAAGGGAAGUUCUUGGAGGCAGACAUCAGAGACAUGAAUAUCACAUGGUGAGCAAGAUGAAGAAAGAUGAGCAAAUAUUGCACCAUAACUUACACACAAUAAUACUCUUUAGUGCUCAUACUUUAGAUUUUAAUGGUGACAAGGAUUACAUAAAGUUUACAUAGAAAGUAUGAUUCAUGAGGAUGACUUGCACAUAAUGAUUGGCCUUCACUGAGGCUUAUCUCAUACAACCCAAAGUUUAUAAUGAACAUGUGGUGAAAUUGUUCUAACUUUACUGGAAAUUUAAAGCAGAACAUCUUUACAACAAUGUUACUAAUAUAUUACAGUAUUUGUCUGUUUAGGAAUCUGUAUAAUAACUAUCGUUGUUCUAAUAGUUAACAGUGGUUAUAAGAGUGACUCAUCUGUGCAAGGAUGUUAUUAAUGUAUGAUAAUAGAAAUCUAGUCAGUAUAAAAUUG